GAAUCCUUCAAGGAACAAGGAAACGCGUACUAUGCCAAGAAGGAUUACAAUGAAGCAUACAACUAUUACACGAAAGCCAUAGAUACCUGCCCCAAUAACGCCAGCUAUUACGGUAACAGAGCGGCCACACUCAUGAUGCUGGGGAGGUUCCGAGAAGCCCUGGGAGAUGCUCAGCAGUCCGUCAGGCUGGACGACACCUUUGUACGGGGCCACCUACGGGAAGGGAAGUGCCAUCUCUCCCUGGGGAAUGCCAUGGCUGCCAGCCGCUGCUUUCAACGGGUUCUAGAACUGGAUCAUAAAAAUACCCAGGCGCAGCAAGAGCUGAAGAACGCCAGUACUGUGCUCGAGUAUGAAAAAAUCGCCGAAGUGGAUUUUGAGAAGCGGGAUUUCAGGAAGGUUGUGUUUUGCAUGGAUCGUGCUUUGGAGUUUGCUCCUGCCUGUCACCGGUUCAAGAUCCUCAAGGCUGAAUGUUUAGCGUUACUGGGUCGCUAUCCCGAGGCACAGUCUGUAGCGAGUGACAUCCUACGCAUGGACUCCACUAACGCAGACGCCCUGUAUGUCCGCGGUCUCUGCCUUUACUACGAGGACUGUAUCGAGAAGGCGGUGCAGUUCUUUGUCCAAGCACUCAGAAUGGCUCCCGACCACGAGAAAGCGUGUCUUGCCUGCCGUAACGCCAAAGCACUUAAAGCGAAGAAAGAAGAUGGGAAUAAAGCCUUCAAAGAAGGAAACUACAAACUAGCGUAUGAACUGUACACAGAGGCACUAGGAAUAGAUCCAAAUAACAUAAAAACAAAUGCCAAACUCUACUGCAACCGGGGGACGGUUAAUUCAAAGCUUAGGAAACUUGAAGAAGCAAUAGACGACUGCACGAACGCGGUGAAGCUGGACGACACGUACAUCAAAGCGUACUUGAGGAGAGCACAAUGUUACAUGGACACAGAACAAUACGAAGAUGCCGUAAGAGACUACGAAAAGGUUUAUCAGACAGAGAAAACGAAAGAACACAAGCAGCUCCUGAAGAACGCACAGGUGGAGCUGAAGAAGAGCAAACGGAAAGACUACUACAAAAUCCUGGGGGUUGACAAAAACGCUUCCGAAGAUGAGAUCAAGAAGGCUUACAGGAAAAGAGCAUUAAUGCACCAUCCAGACCGACACAGCGGCGCAAGCGCGGAGGUGCAGAAGGAAGAGGAGAAGAAAUUUAAGGAGGUUGGUGAAGCCUUUACCAUCCUGUCAGAUCCCAAGAAGAAGGCUCGCUAUGACAGCGGGCAGGACCUGGAAGAGGAUGGGUUGAACAUGGGAGACUUUGAUGCAAAUAACAUCUUCAAGGCCUUCUUCGGUGGGCCGGGUGGCUUCAGUUUCGAAG